GCUAUGUAAAGGGGAUGUCCAAACAGUUCCUCUGCUGGGAGCUGACUUGAUUUGUUUUCAUGAGGAAAUUUUGCAGCAUGUAAUUUGGUAGAAUUAUGUCACUUGAGCUGCCCCUGCUUGUUUUGAAGAUGACGGAACUCACUGGAAGUGAUGCUGCUUCUUCUAAAACUUGAGUGCCUACACUCUCAUGGAGGAGGAGAUAUGUGUGUAUUGUUUGUAAGGCUCAGCUGUGUUGUAAGUUCUUGGUUAGCUGAGCCAAGGCACAGAACUUUACAACUGCUGCGACUUGAGACUACAGAUGUGGUUUUGGAAAUGUCACCGCAUGUGGUCAGCCUUUACACAGCCACUGCUCUUUAAAAUUUGCAGAAAAAAUGUUGAGAGGGGAUUUCAGGAGGCUGGAAAACCCUGUCCCCUGUCCUUUCGUCAGUCACUAAAGAGGUUCUUAUAGUGCCAAUUCUUGAUGCCCUUCUUGCCAACCCAAGCACCCCACAGUCAACCUUAUUUCUAUUCAGGUCGAUGCAGAGGGGGAAAAGAAUAAAGGAAAUAAAGGACAAGAGGCGCUACCAGUGCAGGCAGUUGAGAAGUGGGAGUGACCUGACUAUCUGAUGGGAGGAGUACAGGCUCCUACACGUAGGGAUUUUCCCUGUGACGUGGGGCACCACAAGGUAAGACCUCUGGGGGAUUCCCCAGUCUGUGUCCAGAAAUAUCACUGUAGAAGCUGAAGCAGUUUCACUCUGGUCUCACAGUCCAUCCUGCAAAGAGGCACUGUGUUGCUGCUCUGUGAUCUGAAGCAGCAAUAACCAUGGCUUCAGCAGCCUACGCUCUGCUCAUCACCCUGUGCAAUGUUUGGAGCUUGACCAAUGGAGCUGUUGUAGCUGUCCCAGAUGUUGUUGUGACAUGCUCUGAAGAAGCUCUGCUGCCCUGUAAGAUUCUUCAGGAUUCCUCAGUCACCAACCAGGCAGUGUCUUGGUACAAAAUGUCCAGAGUUGGCGACGAAAUAGCAUGGAAAGUCCUUGAUGUGGAAUCUGGUUAUCCAAAAGGACUUGGAGGCUCCCUGCAGCUCUCCAACAACACCUUUCAACUGAGGAUCAGAAACGCCACCAGCCAAGACAGUGGCACAUACAAGUGCACUUUAGGAGAACAGAUGGGAGACCACAACCUGAGUGGCAUCAUCACAUUAAAAGUAACAGGUUGCCCUGGAAUAGAAGAUGAAAAACUGAAAAAAUACAAAACUGAGCUUUUCAUGCUGACUUGCCUUGGGAUUUUUUACUUGUUGCUCAUCUUCUUUACUUGUACAUGUCUAAGAAAAGAGAGUAUGUCUCCCAGUGAUAAAAACAGAAGAGAUUCAAAGCACACUCUCAAUCUCAUCAACGCACAUGAAAUGACAACAUUUCGGGUUUUAAACAGUGGCAGCACAUGCAAAAGUGGACUUACUUCAAGUUCUAUAUAAGUUGGCACUGUUGAUGGCACCAUAGGCUCAUCAGUGAACGUAUGCCGUGAGAUAGAUAGCAGAGUCAUAUGAAGAGGGAAGAAAUGGUCAUAUAUGGCCUCUACAGGACUGCGCGACGGUAUGGGUAACCCGUCAAUGAUGUGCUUGUUCUGGGCAAGCCUUCAAAAAGCAUCAUUAUGCACUACUGUAACUUCUUGGUGCUAGGUGGCUAACAAAUGCCAUUGCAGCUACACAACUGCUGUUAAGAAGCUGGUAUCAACAUUUUUCACUCUGCCGUGCAGCCCUCUUGUUCAGACAGACUACUCUUGUGAUGUGAAGAUUGGGUAAUAAGGGCACCAUGGAAGUGUAAAGGCUGCAGGUUAGGCUUGUCAGUGAACUAAUCAGUACGAUGAAAAGCCAGCUACCUGCAGUUGUCCUGGAUAAAUAACAUCAACAUUUUAAAAUAUUAGAAUGACAGGUAAGCAGAAAUGUAGGAAGGAAGAAAAUCUUUCUGUACUGAGAAGAAUCCUAUCUCUGCAAAAGAAGUAGGGAUGCACUUACAUAGUGGGUCCAUCAGAAAUUCUCUAGAGGCAUCUCUAGAUGGGUUCAUCCAUAUGAGGCUUCUGUACAACUGUUAACUUUAAAGGAGCAAAAAUAAGAGGGAAGCAGCAUGCAAUUUUAAGGGCAUGCAAAGAUGACUUUCUUAGUGGUUUAUAAUACACAAAGUCAACUAAAUGAAAUGAAGCCUCUAUCAGUCACAUUGCAGCAGUAAUUACCAAAUAAGAAACAAACCAUCUAUAUCUGUGAGAUGUACUGAGUCAGCUGUGGACAAACAGGAACAGAAGAUGGGGCAAAUAAACACCAGCUUUUGGUGUUAACAGUGUGUAGUUUACAUGAAACAAGGCUUCAGAGAAGCUGAAUUCAGGCUCAUGAUACAAGGGUGAGAAGACUUGUCAUUUUGGGCUGAAGAGGGCAAGUGUUACGUUGGAGGUUGAAAUUAAGUGAUCACCUUGACAGUGCUGCUGGUGAAGCAAGUAGAGUCUAGAGUGACUGUGGAUGUUCAUGCCACCAUAUGAAAAUUUGCGCCAUAACAUGAGAACACAAUUGAUACCUCCUCAAAACAAGCCAGCCAAGCAAACAAAAACCCUUUGAAAGCUAAACUGCAGCAUUAGGAUUACUCAAGGCAGUUUGGAAUUUCAGGCUAUGACAAGGAGGCUCUUUCUAUAAUCCUUUAGCUAAUUUUGAAGCGAUGAUGGGAGGAAAGCACCAUGCAUCACUCAGCAGCAUCUCUGUGAGUGGGGUAGAUAACUACACUGAUGGAAUCCGAGGGGCUUCUGACCAGAAGAAUGGUUGCAAGGCGUAUGGAAUUUACUUGGGGCAUGGUAAAUUAAUAUCGCAUUUGCUUUCGUAUAAUCAAUUUUUACAUGUAAAUGUGUGUAACAUACGUGAAAUAAAAAUUCAGAGAUAA